AUGGGUGACCAGUACCACGGCCAGCAGCAGCAGUACGGCCAGCAACAGCAGUAUGGUCAGCAGCAAUACGGUCAGCAGCAAUACGGUCAGCAGCAAUACGGUCAGCAGCAAUACGGUCAGCAGCAAUACGACCAGCAGCAAUACAAUCAGGGGCAGCAGUACAACCAGGGACAAUGGCAACAGCAGCAGCAGCAGCAGCCGCCUCCGCCGCCGCAGAAUAAUAACGGAGGCUACGACCAGGGCGGCUACAACUAUGGCCCUCCUCCCGCCUACAGCUACAACCCCCCCAAGGCCAACGAUGAAAAGUAUGGCUUUGAGCAGGCUUUCAAGAUUGACAAGCCAAAGUACAACGACAUCUGGGCCGGUAUCCUUCUCAUCCUUGUCUUCGCCGGUUUUGUUGCCGUCUCCGUCCUUGCGCUUCGCGGCUACGCCACGGGCCUACCCGGCAAGGGCAUCAGUGAUACUAACACCUUUUCCAUCAACUCCAACACCCUGAUUCUAUUCGCCUGCGCCCUCGGUGCUGCCUUUGUCCUCUCAAUCGCCUACCUCGGCCUCGCGCGCACGUUUCCCAAGGCCUUUAUCUGGGUCACCGGUAUUCUCAACCUGAUCUUUGGCUUUGGAACUGCCAUUUACUAUCUGUACAAGAAGAACUACUCGGCCGGCAUCGUCUUCCUCAUCUUUGCCGUCUUUACCGCCUUUGCCUUUUGGACAUGGAUUCCUCGCAUUCCCUUUUCGGCUCUCAUGCUGCGCACCAGCAUCGACGUCAGCAAAAAGUACGGCCAUGUGUACAUUGUCAGCCUGGUUGGCGGUCUUCUCGCCACGGCCCUCGGUGCCUGGUUCUCUGCCACCCUGGUCGGUAUCUACGUUCGAUGGGAGCCCUCGCCAAACAAUCCUCACUGUGGUCCCAACGGCUCCAACUGUAGCCAAAGCACCGUCAUUGGUUUGAUUGCGUUUAUAACUUUUGCCAUGUACUGGAUUACCGAGUGGCUCAAAAAUACCAUUCACACCAUCAUCUGCGGUGUCUACGGCGCUUGGUACUUUGCUGUCCACAACUUCCCCAAGGAUGCCACCCGCAGCUCUGCCAAGCGUGCUCUGACCUACAGCUUUGGUUCCAUUGCCUUUGGUAGUCUCAUCGUUGCCAUCAUUCAGUUCCUCCGCCAGCUCUGCUCAGUUGCCAGGCAGCAGUCCGGCCAAGAGGGUGGUAUUGGUGGCUUCAUUGGCAUGGCCUUUUUCUGUGUCCUCCAGUGUCUUCUCGGCAUCAUCGAAUGGGCUGUGGAGUUUGUAAACCGAUAUGCUUACGCUCACAUUGCCUUGUACGGAAAGAAGUAUAUUGCUGCAGCCAAGGACACGUGGAAGAUGAUCAAGGAUCGCGGUAUCGACGCCCUCGUCAACGAAUGUCUCAUUGGUCCCGUUCUAUCCUUUGGUGCCUUGUUUGUCGGCUAUGCUUGUGCGCUGCUUGCCUACCUUUACCUCCAGAUCACCAACCCGGUCUACAACAGAAGCGGCGGCUUUACCCCAGUCAUCUUGGCCUUUGCUUUCCUCAUUGGCUUCCAAAUUGCCAACAUUUUCACGACGCCCAUCUCCAGCGGUAUUGAGACUAUCUUUGUGGCGGCCGGCUGGGAUCCGCAGGUCAUGAUCAACGACCACCCCGAGCUGUACCAAGAGAUGGUCCGUCUGUACCCUCGCGUCCAACAGGUCAUUUAUGACCGGUAG